GUUCGGCCCGGCCCGGCCCGGCCCGGCCCCGCCCCGCGCUAUGGAGUUGCUCUGGGCCCCUCUCUUGGGUCUGUGCUGCAGCCUGGCCGCUGCCGACCGCCACACCGUCUUCUGGAACAGUUCAAAUCCCAAGUUCCGGGAUGAAGAUUACACAGUACAUGUGCGGCUGAAUGACUACCUGGACAUCCUCUGUCCCCACUACGAGGAUGACUCUGUGGCGGACGCUGCCAUGGAGCGCUAUACAUUGUACCUGGUGGAGUAUGAGGAGUACGCCGAGUGCCAGCCCCAGUCCCAAGACCAGGUCCGCUGGCGAUGCAACCAGCCCAGUGCCAAGCAUGGCCCAGAGAAGCUGUCUGAGAAGUUCCAGCGCUUCACACCUUUCACCUUGGGCAAGGAAUUCAAGGAGGGACACAGCUACUACUACAUCUCCAAACCCAUCUCCCAUCAAGAAAACUACUGCUUGAAGUUGAAGGUGACUGUCGAUGGCAAGAUCACUCACAGUCCACAGGCUCAUGCCAACCCACAGGAUAAGAGGCUUCAGUCAGAUGACCCGGAGGUGCAGGUUCUACACAGCAUCGGUCAUAGUGCUGCCCCCCGUCUCUUCCCACUUGCUUGGGCUGUGCUGCUCCUGCCCUUGAUGCUGCUGCAAACUCAGUGAAGGUGUCCACCACAUUAAGAAACGGAACUGGGCUGAGGGGCCAGGGACAGGCACCUGCCACAUGUCCUGGGGCGGAUCCCAAAGCUCCCGUCCUGGGAGCCACUCCCACCACCAGCCCAAGCUGCCACCCAUCAGCCUCAAAAUGGGUCAGUGUUAAGGGUUUCCACCACUCUGCCAAUGCCAUCCCCACCUGCAUUUUAGGGAUGGAGUAAGAAGUGGGGACAGUCUUUUCCCCACCAUUCCUACCUUUAAACCAAAGAAAUAAGCUAUGCAGACAUGGCCCCGUGAGAGGGCGCAGUGGGAGCCAAGCUGGAAAGGGCCUGAGGCCAUGCAGAUGGACGCGCAGCCUGACACCGGGUGGGCCAAGGUGCCGCUCCCAGAGAAAGUCAGCAUGUCCGGAUGAACUGACUGAAGGAAGAAGGGACAGUUUCCUGCACAGGAGCCAGGUACAGAAACGGCAGCACGCUUGGGCUGACCCAGCGUCUCCCAGCAAGCCUUCCGUCUGAGGAGCGGCUAGGCACUGCAUCCUCUCUCCUCACCCUGGGGCAGCACUGCAGAGAGCUGUGCCAGCAGGGGGCUGUGCCAACCUGUUCUUGGAGUGGAGCUGUAAGGGCAGCGCCCUUGUGUAGUCUGCCUAGAGUGUAGCCUAAAGGGCAGGGCCCUCACCUACAGUGUCUCGAUACGAACUUACUGUGUGUCUGCUUUCUACAACUGGAGUCUUUGUUGUUGUUUUUUUAUACUAUGUUCUUUGUCUCAAAAUAAAGCAGUGUUUGGUUUUUUGGACG